AUGAUUUGGUUUGGGCUGUUUUCCACCUUGGCUUCGGCCCUCCAGACUCUACCCCCCGUGCAGUUCCAGCCGUCGGGGAAUGCUGGAUUUUCUCUCGCAAAUGUAGAGAGAACCAUCUAUCUGCCGCGAGACUUGGCCUCGUGGGUGGAUCAAGAUGGCCUCACGCUGAUCCCCCCGUCGGCAUCUGAAUUCGCACACACCUUCCGCCGCGACUUGCAGGAGUUGACCAACUCAUCAUGGGCGUUGAAGAUUGUCAAGCACCUGCCGGCGCACGCGUCGGGGAUCUACCUGAGCAGAUCACAAUCGCAGGAUCACUGCUACGAGAAUGGCGACCCCACCGAGGAAGGAUACGACAUGCUUUUUGAGCGCGAUCGUGUGCUCAUCAACGGAUCGGGCGCGCGAGGGAUGUGGUGGGGGACGCGGACGCUGCUUCAACAACUCAUCCUCAACCCCGACUCGAUCCUACUCGGCCAGAUUCACGACGCCCCUGCCUACCCAGUCCGAGGCUUCAUGCUUGACGCGGGUCGGAAAUGGUACUCCCUGGACUACCUGAAGGAUCUCUGCACCUACGCCUCGUUCUUCAAGCUCUCGGAAUUCCACUACCAUGCCAGUGACAACUAUCCUCUUAGUCGCGGGCCGAAUGUCUCGUGGAAUCACGUAUAUUCCCAAUUCUCCCUACGGCCGGAGGACCCAGAGCUUCUGCCCCUCGUGCAAAGGGCCAAUGAGACGCUCUCGCGCGCUGAAUUUGACGAGUUCCAACAACACUGCGUCCAGCGAGGGGUGACAGUGAUCCCGGAGAUUGAAAGCCCGGGGCACUGCCUCUCGGUCACGAAAUGGAAGCCAGCGCUUGCGCUGGCCUCGCGGGAUCUUCUCAAUCUUACGCACCCCGAAACGAUCCCCUUGGUGAAAUCCAUCUGGUCGGAAUUCCUCCCUUGGUUUCAUACCAGAGAAGUCCAUAUCGGCGCAGAUGAGUACGAUUCGACGUUGGCGGAUGAUUAUAUCGACUUUGUCAAUGAAAUGUCGGCUUUUAUCUUGGAGGCUUCAGGUAAGAAAAUUCGCAUCUGGGGCACCUACGAGCCUUCCGCUUCCCGCUCGAUCGACACAAAUAUCACAAUACAGCAUUGGCAAUAUGGCCAGUCCGACCCAGUGGCCUUGGGCCGCGGCGGAUACCAGAUCAUCAACUCCGAGGAUUGGUGGGCCUAUCUCUCACUCAAGAAUGACCAUGUCCCAAUAUCGCCUGCUCCGUAUCCGCAGUUCUUCAACAACACUCGGGUCGUGAAUUUUGGAGACAUUCAGGGCUGGCAAUGGACACCCGGUCUAUUCAAUCCGGUCAACACAACCGAGCAACCUCUCCGGUCCGCUGUUCGCGGUGCUAUCAUGGCCGCGUGGAACGACAAUGGUCCGGAUGCAACCACUCAGCUGGAAGCAUAUUAUGCCAUUAGGAAUGGCCUGCCCGUCGUUGCAUCUCGUGCAUGGUCGGGCACUACUGGACCCCGUUUAGAUCAAUCUUGCUUGGAUCAGUCAAUCGUUCAGCUUGCGGCGAAUGUGCUGGGACAGAAUUUGGAUCGCCGUUUGUCGAAACAGUCCUUGAGCGGCGACGAGCCACUUUUCACGUGGGCUAAGCCUAACAAUCGGCCCGCCCAGCGCACUUAUCAGCUUGGAGCCGGAAGUAAAGGCAUGAAUUACACUCCGCAGCUUGAUAUAACCGGCCCAUUCUCGUUGGAGUCCGAGGAUGCUAUUCUGUCUUUAUCUUCGGACGGGCAAUUGAUCUUCUCAGCAGACGGCUGGGAUUAUCCUUUGCGGUCUGUUGCUGAGACCGCUGGGUUUGACGCGGCGGCCCCAGGGCGCAUUUGGGCCAAUUCAACCAGUUCGACCCACAAAGUGGUCCCCAUCCCUACAAAUGUCAAAUCACUAUCACGACAGAUGCGACUGAAGGAAGUCGGGUUUGGGUUGACGGUGAGUUUGCCGGGCGAUUUGAAGUCUUCGUGUAUGGCGGCCGUGCACGGCGACGGGUUGCAAAGGAUCGUUCUACAUGCAGCAGACAACCAGACUCGACGUUCGGGGUGCAAUUUCUAA